AUGGGCCGCUACUCGGGCAAGACGUGCAGGCUGCUCUUCAUGCUCGUGCUCACCGUCGCCUUCUUCGUGGCCGAGCUGGUGUCGGGCUACCUGGGCAACUCCAUCGCGCUGCUGUCCGACUCCUUCAACAUGCUGUCGGACCUGAUCUCGCUGUGCGUGGGGCUGAGCGCCGGCUACAUCGCCCGGCGCCCCCGCGGGAGCCUGAGCGCCACCUACGGCUACGCCCGCGCCGAGGUGGUGGGCGCGCUCGGCAACGCCGUCUUCCUUACCGCGCUCUGCUUCACCAUCUUCGUGGAGGCCGUGCUGCGCCUGGCUAGGCCCGAGCGCAUCGAUGACCCCGAGCUGGUGCUCAUCGUGGGCGCCCUGGGGCUGGCCGUGAACGUGGUAGGGCUGCUCAUCUUCCAGGACUGCGACGCCUGGUUCGCCUGCUGCGGCCACCGCCGCUGCCAACAGCAGCGGCAUCAGCAGCCGGCGGCCGGGGGCGGCCCUCGCGGCGUCUUCCCGGGUCCCCAAGGCGCCGAGGGCCGCUGGCACGCCGCCGCCCUGCCAGCCCCCGGCCGCGACUCGGCCGUGACCCUCCGUGUGGCCUCGGUGGACAGGAAGGACGAGAAGGGGGCGACCGUGUUCUCCAACGUAGCAGGUGAUUCCCUGACUCCGCAGAAUGAACCAGAAGAGACUAUGAAAAAGGAGAACAAGUCCGAAGCCCUGAAUAUCAGAGGAGUACUUUUACAUGUGAUGGGAGAUGCCCUGGGGUCGGUGGUUGUGGUGAUUACAGCCAUCAUAUUCUACGUGCUUCCCCUGAAGCAUGAGGACCCAUGUAACUGGCAGUGCUACAUUGACCCCAGCCUGACUGUCAUCAUGGUCAUCAUUAUUUUGUCAUCUGCCUUCCCACUCAUUAAGGAGACUGCUGCCAUUCUACUGCAGAUGGUCCCCAAAGGCGUCAACAUGGAAGAGCUGAUGAGUAAACUCUCUGCCGUGCCCGGAAUUAGCAGUGUCCAUGAAGUGCACAUCUGGGAACUUAUAAGUGGGAAGAUCAUCGCCACUCUGCACAUCAAGUAUCAGCAGGAUGGGGGAGAUCAGGAUGCCAGUAUAAAAAUUCGAGAAAUCUUCCACAACACGGGAAUCCACAAUGUGACCAUCCAGUUUGAGAAGGUGGACCUGAAGGGGCCCCUGGGGCAGAAGGACUUGCAGCUGCUCUGCAGCUCACCCUGCAUCUCCAAGGCCUGCACCAAGCAGCUGUGCUGUCCCCCCGGGGCACUGCCUCUGGCUCAUGUCAAUGGCUGUGCGGAGCACAAUGGCUGUCCCCCACUGGACUUGUCCCGGAGUGAUGGCCUUGGGAGACGACAAACAGCAGAAGUGGCUCUUGAAGUAUCUUUGGAAGGUUGUCUGAGUGACCACGGACAAGCUCUUAGCAAAUCUCAGGAGGACUCACGUUAUGUCAACAGCACACAUUUUUAG